AUGGACUCGUCUGGUGCGUCAACCUCUGGGCCCCUCCCACCAUCGCAAAACUCGGGUACCUCUGGCACUUCGCAAUCAGAGUUCGGAGAGCUCAGUCCAGCCGAAUUCGCGAAGGUCACCUACUUCUCAUUUGCCCAACCGGUCUUCUCAGCGAGCAUCGUGGUCAAUCAGCCUAAUAGCUUCGUGCCGUCGGUGCUGCCAAUGUCGCAGAACUGUGAGUUUUCAUUUGUCUCCCACAAAGAAUGCUGUUUCCUUCCCCACUUUUAUCUUUGCACAACACAUUGGUGUGCUUUUCCGGCGGUGAGCCGACACGCCGGCAACAUGAAAUUAAGUCGUAAAUUUGGAGUUCUUGAAGGACGACGGCUUCGGCGACGGCGACGGCGACGAAGACGCCGUGCUCGAAAGUUGUGCAUCCUUUCUCUCAAGAUUUCACCCUUUCCUUCCGGUUUUUGUCCGAAACAUACUUUUUCUCCGUUUUUGGAUACUGAGGGUUCGAAUAGUGAGAAAUGAAACAAUUGGCAAUGUUUACGUUUGUGUGCCCUCCUCCCCCCAAUCUCUCUAAUGCCAAUACACUUUGCCCGACCCGGUCUAGGCGAAAUUCCAGAUUUUUCAUCAGUUUUUAUCUCUUUCCUUCUUUUCGGAGCCAAAAAUAAACGAGUUUUGUGAGAAAACCGCCUGCUUCCUGGUCUUUUCAUGUCAUUUUUCGACUUUCGUUUUCAGUCAACACUAUCAACUACCCGGUGUUCACCAAGUACGGAUACUACUCGAACGGAACGUACCACAUGAUGGUGAAGAAGGGAAUCACUCGUCUGCGCCUCAAGUCGCUGGUCAGUUACUUUUUAAUCGCGUUUUUCCAAAUCAAAUUAUGUUUAUGUUCAGUGGCGCCGUGGAACUCCGACUCUCGAGACUAUCGUCGAAGAACCCGAGGUCGAAGCCGAGCAGGACGUCCAGAAGAAGGAGAAAGAGAAGAAGAGCAUCACUGGUAGCUCCGUUUAA